AUGUCUUGGUAUAUCACAAGGAUGCAAAGAAGACAUCACUCGAUGAAGUUGAGAAUCAGAAGAUUUCUUCAACGUAACCAGACGGAGAAGCCACUGUUUGAAGAAACAGAGUAUGACGAAUUAGCAAAAAGUGGUGUUGAGUUUGAAAGAAAGACGUCAACACAGAGAAGCUGCCUGUUGGAUGAACAGAGCAAGACCACUCAGGAAAGGAGACGUGAUGGUGUUCAAAGAAUCAUUAACAAUCGUGAGACUGGAAGGUCAAGGGGAUUCAGAUUUGUCACCUUCAAGGACGAGAAAUCCAUGAGGGAUGUUAUUGAAGAAAUAAACGGGAAAGAGCUUGAUGGCCGUACCAUCAUUGUGAAUGAGGCUCAGUCCCAAGGAAGCGGUGGCGGUGGAGGAUGCCGUGGUGGCGGCAGUGGUGGUUACCAUAGCGGUGGUGGUUACGAGAGACGUAGCGGUGGUUACGGAUCUGGUGGAGGCGGCAGUGGCCGAGGUGGAUACGGUGGUGACCGUGAAGGCGGUAGCGAUUAUGGAGGAGGUGAUGGUGGCUACAGAGGAAGCGGUGACGGUGGCAGUGGCUGGUAAUUGAAGAUAGUGUGGUUUGGUGCUGCUCUGUGCUUGGUUUAGAUUUGGUUUGUUGGUUGCUAAUUGAGUUUCAGAGCUGCAACAUUUAAGUCGUGACGUUUUGGUUUGUGACGUUUCAUCCAAGAGUCACAAGUUCUAAGAGACACAACUCAUUAUGAUGUAGUGUCUGUUUGUUUUCUAUAUAAAACAGUUCUGUUGUUGAUGUAUGUAACAAGUUUUAGUUGAUCGAAGUUUAUAUUUGUUCUUA